AUGCAUAUAGCUCAAGUUGGUUUUGUCAAGGGACGGAACGUGGUGCACACAAUUUCCAAGAAUACAUCUUGCAACAGCGGAUGGCUUCGUCUGGUUGUUCAGACCAUCUUUGGCACACUUAUUGUGUCCAGUUUUGUGCUCAUUAUGUUGAUGGUUGUCGGGAAACCUACCCCAAGGCCACCAUCUGCGUCUCGGUGCUCUGUUACGAAUUGCCGAGUUGUGUGCACUAACGCUCCUUACUACGGAGACUAUGAAGAGGACAUCAUAAAUGCCGCUUCAGAUGCAGACGUACUUUGUGAAAGUAUAGCUUUAAAGUUAAUCGGACCAACUUUCAAAAAUUUUCAAAUACCGUCAAAUUGGCUUUGGAGCAUGAACCCGAACGUUCGAGAACUAGCCAUUUAUGGGGGAAAUCUUAAACAAAUAUCAUCCGAUGCAUUUAUGAGUCCAUUUGGUAGAAACAUUAAGCUUUUAAUUCUCGAAGAAAUAGAAAUCAACGUAUGGGAGAAAGAUAUGUUAAUAGGACUUUCGAGUUUAGAAAAGUUGAUUCUAAGGGAUUGCAUACUCUUGGAUAUAAGAAAAGCUGCUUUAUCUCCAUUUCAUGAUAGCUUGAAGUUCUUAGAAAUAAAAGCAAAUAAUUAUUAUUGGGACCCCAUAAAUGUCACAGGGUCUACAACCCUCGCGGAAUUGACUAUAGUGGAUUUUUCAACUAAUAAUUUCCAUGACUUUCUCGGCAAUACAAGCUUUUCUCAGCUAAAUGCAUGCGAAGUUUUGUUUUUGAACGAUUGUCAUAUAACUUCACUUAAUCCCGGUACAUUCGAUUACAUGGAGAGCUUAGAGAUUCUGUAUCUUAACAAUAAUCUGUUAGUCACUGUUCCAGUUGGUUUAUUUGAUAGAAUGUUACCAUAUCAACCAAGAAUUGCUUUACAAGAUAACUUAUGGCAUUGUGAAUGUUCAAGAAAAGAUAUAAGACACAUUGUCCGAAAAGAACUAUUAAUUGUUGACCCUAUUUGUCACACACCAGCUACAAUAGCAGGAAUGACAUUUACAGAUUUUGAAGGGUACUGUGAAGUGCAGCAGCAGAAAGAUGAAUCUGUUGAGCAAAGAAUUUCUAAAUCAAAUCCAGAAGUUAAAGUUAGAUCUAACAUCAUGUAUAUGAAUGGUGCUUGUCAUGAAAAUAUUUCAUCAGAGGUUAACCAAGCGACAUUGAGAGUAAAAGCAAUUUCUGAAGAUCAACAGAACUGUUUAUUGAACAGAAUAAACUUUCAAGAUAUGCAAACAGUUUCAAAUAAUAGUAAUGGACAUCUAAAUGAUAAUUGGAUAAAACCAGUAUUUUUUGUGGAAAAUGACCCAUACUCCAUGGUUGAAAUAACUUCAAUAGCAUUACCAGGAUAUGGUUUGCUAUGGUACCAGUCGACUUGUGCUGACACUAUUUACUGUGUUAACACCGUACCACACACACUGAAAGUAUUCAAUGUGCACUUGGAAAACUUCUUAACGUUCUGUCCAUUUAACUUAUCAUCUGGUGCAGUCAUGAUUUCAGAUUGUUUGUCUUACAACUUAGCAAACAUAGGAAUCAAUAGAAAUCAUACUUACCAUUAUCACGAACUUAUUUGGUUCAUCAGUUUGUCUGUAGGCUGUCUUUUAUGUGGUGCAAUUUGUGUUUACGGAAUGAUACACAAAAAUCCCACGCUUUUAAAAGGUAGUAAAAGAGUUUUGAUUGUUAAACAUAGAUCAGUUGAUGCGUUGAUUCUACCACCGAAAGUGCCCAUAAGAAAUCUAAAAACUGAAUCGAAUUUAGCUACGGAUAGCAAUAUAUUUGCGAAUAAUAAAAUAUUCAUUUUGCCAAAUAAACAGACAUUAACAAGUCCAAACUUUGAUCGUUCUAUUUCGAUUAAAAGUAAUGUUAGCAACGAUGCGACUUACAUAUCAGCAUUGCAACCUACUGAAGAACAAUUAACUGAAUGGCGUUCUAAACAAGUAGAUACAUUUUCGUCUGACUUCAGUAUGAUUCCUUAUACCAGCAUGUACGAAAAAGAGUCUUUGCCUUAUUACUCUUUUGAUAAAGAAGAAAGGGUAUAUGAAGUUCCUAAAUAA